CUGUGGGUCUGUAGGAGCUGACGGUCAGCACCGGGAUGUCUGUCCGGACGGCUUCACAAUGUGAAACUCAACAAGUAACGGAGUAACUCACCUCAAGAUUUGAGCUAAACGACACCGCCGAGAAAAAGCUUUACCACCGAGCCAGUUUGUCGGGAGAAAAGAAGUUAGCAAAAAUCGCUCGAGAGGCCUGAGUGCCAUGCCAGAGGGGUCCCACAGUGCUCUCCACCAGGGCCUAAUGGGGGAAGAAUCUCCUCGGUUGUGCUCGCCCCUCUCUGCUAAUGACCAUGACCGGACAAGUGUUGACCUGGGCACAGACUGCUACAGCCGGCUGUGUGUGGAGCCACUGGACAGAGACGGUGAACGUCCAGUGAGCCUGGUGUCCACCCUGUCCUCUGGCUCGUCCCGUGACAGUCACAGCCUUUUCGGGAGCACCGCAGCCCUCCCCUCCUCUACCACCCCACCCAUACCCAGCGAGGAGGAUAUAGACUUGGAACUGAGCCCAACAGAAGGUGCCGGAGAGCAGGCAGGGGAGCAGAGUCCCACCCUUGGUAGCUCUCGGGGCCAGUGGCAGGAGCAGCUGGAACCUUGUGGGGUCAGCUCCCAGCGGAACAACAACAACGCUACCGCCUCCAGCAGGAAGCCCAGUGUUGGAAUAUCUCAUACCGCCACUUCGCCUGUUGCCAUAGACGCCAUGGCGCCCAACCCGAAGCUCACCUAUGUGGACCGUGUCGUCAUGGAGAUAAUUGAGACAGAGCGCACAUACGUCAGGGACCUCCGCAGCAUCGUGGAGGACUAUUUGGCACACAUCAUUGAUAUGGGCAGCCUUCCUAUACGACCAGAGCAGGUCUGCGCCCUGUUUGGAAACAUAGAGGACAUCUAUGAAUUCAACAGUGAGCUGCUGCAGUCUUUAGACAUGUGCGAGAAUGACCCUGUGGCUGUUGCCAGAUGCUUUGUAGACAAGAGUGAAUACUUUGAGAUCUACACACAGUAUUGCACCAACUACCCCAACUCAGUGGCAGCGCUGACUGACUGCAUGAGGAGUAAAACCCUGGCCAAGUUCUUCAGGGAGCGGCAGGCCUCUCUGAAGCGCUCCCUUCCUCUGGGCUCCUACCUCCUCAAGCCAGUCCAGAGGAUCCUGAAGUAUCACCUACUGCUUCAGGAAAUCGCGAAGCACUUUGACCAAGAGGAGGAGGGUUAUGAGGUGGUUCAGGAGGCCAUAGACACCAUGACAGGAGUGGCCUGGUACAUCAAUGAUAUGAAGAGGAAACAUGAGCAUGCUGUCAGAGUGCAGGAAAUACAGUCUCUUCUGAUCAACUGGAAGGGUCCUGACCUGACCACGUAUGGCGAGCUGGUGCUGGAGGGCACCUUUCAUGUCCAGCGGGCCAAGAACACCCGCACACUCUUCCUCUUUGACAAGGUGCUCCUCAUUACCAAGAAAAGAGGGGAACACUACGUCUACAAGACCCAUAUCUCGUGCUCCACCCUAAUGCUACUUGACAGUGCUAAGGACCCCCUGCUCUUCAGCGUCAUCCACUUCAAGCAUCCCAAGCAACCCCAUACAGUGCAGGCCAAGUCGGUGGAGGAGAAGCGCCUCUGGGCUCAUAACAUUAAGAGGCUUAUUCUUGAGAACCACCAUACCAUCGUCCCACAGAAGGCAAAAGAAGCCAUGCUGGAAAUGGAUUCCAUCUAUCCCGGGAAGUACCGCUACAGUCCCGAGAGGCCUAAGAAAGCAGAGUCCUGCCAAGCUGAGGACUUCCCUCUUGGACGCCGACAUGGACGCAGAAGAUCAGAGCCUGCAAAGCAGAUCAUGAGGAGCACAAAAGCUGUUUUAAAGCAUGCAGACAGUGAGGGUGCACUGCUGGGGGACAUGUGCUCCCUUCACUCAGCCGCUAGUGUCAGUACGCUGGCCUCCAGUGUAGGCGAGCCCCAGGCUGAGAGGCCUUGCAUGGAGGAGGAUGUGAGCCCCAGAAGGGACUCUCUGGAGCAGCCAAGUCCUACUGGCAGUGACCCUGCACUGGGUUCUUCACCCAGCGAGGGUGGGCUGGAGCUGGAGAAAGCAGAGAAGGCAAAGGAGGAAGAGGAAGGGGAGAGUUACAAGGAGGAUAUACUGAUGGGAGACGACCAGGUAGCCGACUUUGCCAGCUCCAUGCUGGCAGCCAUCUCCUGCUGGCACUAUAGGGCCAGGGCUUUGCUUUCUACUCACUUCACAACGGAUGAACAGGACAGAAACGGUGAUGGCAAUGCUGCUGAACAACAAACCAUACUGAGUGAGGAGGUAGAAACUUUCAGCCAGGUGGAGGAACCCAGUGAGGUGCCUGCAGAAGAGGCCCUCGCCACCCAGGUCAGUAUGGAAGAGAUGCCCCAUCCAAACUUCGCCCCUAAGACAGAAAGCAACCCUAAGCUGGAGGGGAAUUAUUCACAGUGUCCUGAGUCUCCUGUUGUCUUUCCAUCCCACCCCCAAGAAGGUGACACCCCAGAACUUGAAGAUAUUUCCUCUAGAGGAACUGGAGAAGAUGAGGAAGGAGAGAGUGACUCCUCCGGCCUCCAAGUUGAGGAGACUAGUGUGCUGACAAAUAGUGAGUUCUCAGAGGAGGAGGAGGAAGUGUUUUCAGACAAUAAGAGCAUCCUGCCUCCCUCUGUACUAGACCAGGCCGGUGUGAUUGCUGAGCGCUUUGUCAGCAGCUUGUCCAGACGGAGUAGUUUGGUUUCAGAGGACCUGCACUCCCUGGACUGCUCCUCAUCCCCACUUGGCAGCGAGAUCUCAAACAACCCCUUCCUCUGCAUAAACUUUGAGGAGAAGACUCAAGUGUUGACCAGCUCUUCUCUGGAGCCACAGCUGACCCCAGGGGCUAACCAGUCACCACCUGCCCAUGAACCUGCACCACAUCCCCUCAUGGAAGUGGAACGCAGAUCAACACUCUCCAAACAGGACCGCCUCCUCAUCCACAAGAUCAGAAGAUACUAUGAGAAUGCUGAGCACCAAGACGCUAACUUUAGUAUCAAGCGCAGAGAAAGCCUCUCCUAUAUCCCAGCAGGUCUGGUCAGACACCUGAGCAGACAGCUUAACAGUAUUCCUCAAGAUCAGGCUGCCCCAAUUCACAGGAGGGGCACCUCUCACAACCGGCCCACUUCCUGGUCUGUGUUUGAUCUUCCUGGCUUAGAAAAGAAUCAAAGGAUGGAGCCCAGUCAUAAAUUUGAGCCACAGAAAACAGUGGAAGGCAAGGCUAGAUCCGAGAGUGUCAGUGAUAAAUCUUCAACAAAUGAGGAGUUCAGACCUUCUUCAGACAUGCUCAAGGUUUGGCAGGACAUGGAAAUGGAGGUAAAUAACAGCAUUGAGGAGAAGCAGGAAAUCUGGCAGAUUCAGGAGGAGAGACUUCAUGACUCAUCAUCACAGGUGACACAAGAAACAGAGAACAGCAUAGACACUUCAAAUCUAAAAUCCAGAGAAGAGCCACUGUGCAUUUUAGAAGAGACAAAGAUAAGCACUGUCUCAGAGGGGUCCCCUAUCUCAACCCCGACAACCAUUACAACCAAGGAAGGUGGAUCUGGGAAAGACUCAUGGCUGAGUAAAACUCCCAAGUCCCAAGACAAGAGCAGAGCCCGGGCUUCACUACCUAAGAUCAUUAGCUUGCGAUCGAGUAUGGAUGAUGACCAGAUACUACAAGACAUGGGGAAGAUGAAAAACAAGGUUUUCCAGCUAGCACGUCAGUAUAGCCAGCGCAUCAAAAGUAACAGGCCUGUAGUCAGACCAAGGAACCGAGGCUCUGAAAAUCAGCAAGGCUCUAAGAAUAUGCCUGCUGUCCAUGAGGAGAAAACGCAAUGGAGGGAAAAGGGUAAAACCAACCUUACAUUGCCCCUGAACACUCAUGAUCACAUGAUUAUCCAUGAGCUGCGCUCCCCAGUCCCAGCCCAGACCCCCAGCUCUGGAGCCAGCUCCGAGGUCACGUCCCCCAACACACUUCUAGCAACCAGCCCGGUUCAGACAGACACCUUCCACUGGCCUGAUGUACAGGAGUUGCGCUCCAAAUAUGCUCGCUCUCGGCUGGAACCGGGGGCCUCCCAUCACACAAAAGUGGCUCGUAGCUGCUCAGUCCCAGAGAGGAUGCUGGAGUGCUGCACUGACACAUCGAGUAGUUCAUUAUGGAAACCCAUUAGCUUCUCGACUAACUGCAGUGACUCUUCAGACCCCCACAGAGCUCUAAUGGACUCUCCUGAUGCCCAGCCUAGGACAGUGUACCAGGACAGGAGUUCACAGGUCAAGGACUGGUUCCAGCCUCAGCAUCAGCCCCCGUUGUGCAGAUGGAGCUCCUUGGAUCACAUGCUUGUGACUCGGCCUCUCCAUGAAGUGCAGAACCUUCAGGAACCUGUGAGGAGCUGCUACAUAGCCAGUCAGCCCGCUCUGCCCAGUGAGCACAAGGUUGUCAUAGUGGAGAGGGUUCCUGGUGCCAGGCCAAGAGAACAUGAACUAACGACAAGAGAAAAUAGCAAACUCCAAGACAAGGGCAGCCUCCUCCGCGAGGGCCUAGAUUGUGCCAAGAAGUCUGUAGUCCUGAGUUCAGGGAAGAAGACGGAAAGUAAUUUAGUGAAGAACUUGCGAGAGAAGUUCCAAAGCUUGAGCUCAAGCUCAUGAACACUUGAAUCGUAUAAAACAUGUUCAUCAUUAUCAGGAAUUAUGCUGUCUUUCUCUUGACCACCAUGGGAUGAUCAUGGUGACGUUAUCUACCAGUCAUCUUCUCUUUUUCAGCGUUCAGAUAUUGUCCUCUAGAGUUCUUUUUGUACUUUUUGUAGGCACAAUAGUUUUUGUUGUGUCACUGUAGUGGACAAUAGGUGAUGAUUUGUGUUGUGAGCAAAACUGUAAAAGGGAUAUUUUUGCUUAUUGGUCGAGGGAAAAGCAUAUUUUCCUUGAGAAUGUGUAAAUGCAAUAUUUGUACAUUGGGUGUUUGUCUGCACUGUACAAAACAAAGUUUCUAAAAAGAAAUAUGUAUAAAGGCCACUGUAUCAAUAGAAAAAAAAUGUGCUUUGUGUUGCAAUUGGGGGGAAUAGGUCCUUCUUUCUUUGCUUCAUUAUUAUGUUCUGUCACCCACUCUUGGUGAUUUUACUAUAAUCACUAAAGCGCUAUUGUCAUUUAAUCUAUGUGAAUGAUCAGCUACAAUUUAGGGGGGAAACGAAUGAGAUGAACAAAUACAGUCUGGGCCUUUUAUCCAUGUGAUUUCUGCAGUCUGAUAGAUGAGGGACAUGCUGGUAGCAAAAUCUCAUCACAAACUGACCUGAGACCAAAGAAGGCUUACAGCAACACUCAGCUCUCAUGUCUAGCUGCUUCUAAGAUUUUGUUUUCAUAUAUCACUGGAGCUUUAUUUCUCUUUCUCUGUGUGUUGUAUGUUUUCUUUCAUGUUAUUUAUGAAAUUGUAUAUCUGGAAGCGAUUGUCCUCAUAUGAAUACUGACCAGUAGCCUCCCUUUACUUUUCCAUUCCAGAAAACGAGCAGGACAUUGUUGCAUACUUGAAAUCGCCUAUAUUUUCAAUAAAACCAGAGAUGUUAAACGUC